AUGAUUCCCCCCUGCGACCCUUCCGUUCUCGAACACAACCCCAAGUUCAAACGACUCUAUGAGAACCUGACACUCAAUAUCCUCAAUCCGGAUGGCUCAACACGCGUCCACAGCGCCGACCCGGCGCGCACAGUCGUUGCGGAGGACCUGAAACAAUGUCAAAUCCGGAGCAGCAAGCGACGAAUCAAGGAGCGCAUCCUCAAACAACUGGCGUUUGCCUCGGACAGCGGGAUACCCGAUGAGUGCCAUGACAAUCUAGCAAUAAUAUCGCUAUACCUCGAAACCCCUUCCCCCGUAAUCGAGCCUGAACCACUAGCGCCAGCACCAGCUACGGACGAGAACGAGAACGAGAACAAGAACACCGACAACACAGCUCUCUCUCUCCUAGUCCCAGACUUCGAGACCUUCUACAAUACAAUCCCAACCCUCUCCCGACAACUCUCAACCCUACUCUUAAAUUCAAUUGCAGAACUCCGCUCACUAUCCAGCGACGAUGAACCCUCAAACGAACCCCCAUCCUCCCGCUCUACAUCAGCAACGCACCACGCCCGCACCCGAGCCCGAGACAAACGACUCCGAACCUCAAUGGCACCCGUGAAACCUUUAUCAACACACUUAGCCGACCAGGUCGCAUAUCUGCGCCAGAGACAGUUAUUCGAACUACCCACCGCCCGACGCGCGAUGGCAGCGACGGCGGCGCAAUUGUUGGCUGUUCAGACCGUUGUGCUUGAACGGUUGGUUGUUGUUCUUGAGAGGGGUAUGCAUGGGGCGUUGGCGAGGAGGAUUAAAGCUCGGGCGGAUCAUUUGGGGACUGUUGCGCGGGGUGUGGAGGGGAAGGCUGAGGUUACCAAACUUGAGAUCGCUGCUAUGCUUUAUACACCUGAGACGCUUGCUGCGCUGGGGAGGUAUCGGGCUCAUUUACGGGAAUUGAGGGAUCGGCUUGAUCAGCGGGGGAUUGUGGCGAAGGGGGAGUUGAAGAAGUAUGGGGAUGUUGGAGAAUUUGAAGUUGGGGAGGGGAGUGGAAGUGAUGGGGGGGACGUUGGCGGAGAUUGCGCGGCGGUAUGGGGGGUUGUUGAGGGAGGUUGA